GUUCAAACCCGACGCAUUGCGGUCUACGAGGUGAGUAGAGUUCAAACCACUCGGCAAGUCUAUCAACUGCUCCCCACUACUACGUAUAAUCACCUGUGAACUGGCUGUGCGUAGAAAACGGUAUACCGGUAUUCGUGAAAGCUUCCUAUACAUGUUAGCUGUUAAAUUCGAAUUGGAAAUGGGUGACGGAGGGUGUUGUUAUUCUUUCUGGAUAACCAUAAUUGUUCUUCUGUACAUAUUCUUCGAUGUGAACUACUUCCUGAGGAUAGCAUUCACCAUCGGAUGGGGUAGAUUGUUUCAGAAAAAGAAGAAGGUCGAUGAAGAAACUGAGAUUUAUGGAAUUUGCACUACACAAGAUGUUGACAUCUUCUUGAAGCACAUGAACAAUGCCAGAUACGUGAGAGAGCUAGACUUCGCCAGGUUCCACUUCUAUGACAGAACUGGAAUAUACGAUGAAAUUAAGAAGCAUAAUGCUCACGUUCUCCAAACUGCAUCGAAUAUACGGUACCGAAGAACCAUACCAUUAUUGAAUGUAUACAAAGUGGUCACUAGGAUAAUAUACUGGGAUGAAAAGACCCUCUACAUCGAGCAACAGUUCAUCACUCUAGCUGACGGUUUCAUUCGAGCUGUGGUUCUCAGCAAACAAGGAACGAUCAACUUAAAUGUAGCUGAAAUGAUGUCAAAACUGACAGGCAAAGUUAUUUCCUACAGACCCACACCUCCUCCAGAGCUACUUGAUUGGCUGUCAUCGAUGGAGAAGUCUAGUGUUAGAUUGAGGAAUAAGACAGAAUAGAUAUUGCUAUUAUGCUGUUUCUGUUUUGAUACUUUUUUAUUAAUAAAACUAAAAAUAAGGUUCGCACAGUGGUUCAACUACCUAAAAACAUGGACAAAAUGUAAUUAUAAUAAUAAAAAUGACUUUUAUUGGAAUGUAAGUACAUAACGCGUAUUUCAUGGACGACAUUCCAAAAGGCAAGAGGGUCGGCACAGCGAUUUUUCACGUUCCCUCAAAAGGUUACUAUGAUAAAAAUUUAUUUAGCAUCAACUGGACGGAGUGAUUAGCGUUUACAAAAAAUAUUAUGCGCAAAAGACGUGCCAAUAUUUAUAGGGUAGAAAGUACAUCCAAAAAUAACAAAAAAAAAAAUCCUGUGAAUACGAGUCAAAGAUGCUCGUCUUCCCGGAUACAGGAUGAUGAAGGUUUACUUACAAAAUUGAAAAAGAAUUAUAUCUACAUAGGGAUAGAAGAUAUUUUCUAUCCCACUAUACUUUU